UGUUCGCUUUGUGUACGGAAAUGGUUGUAUAAGUAUGGUGGGGUCAAAAAUGUAGGAUUUUUCAAACGGCCGUCCUACCAGUGGCCUUAAAAAGCCAAUUAUUCAACAAUUGUGUGUGAUAUGAUAUGCUUCACAGUUGACGUAUUCAAAUUUUGUAAAUACUAUAGUUUGAGAUGCUCUCCUGUGUUUGGCAGCUAUGUGGAUGGGUCGAUCCCAUUAGUAUGGAAACGAAGAAAGGGAUCUACCAAACUCAACAAAACAAUUCUUUUUCACAAAACGAUGAAUCGUCAGAAGUCGAGAACUAUCUAAAGCAUGCACACCCACAAACAAGGCCUGCAGACCACCUUGGUCGAAGUUUUCAAUUAAACAAAAGUUUCAACGAAGAUAGUAACAACUCAGUUCAGCAAGUUCGUUCUGAUAGCGAAUAUAGAAUCGUUCAAAGUUGUGAUAGUUUCAACAACGUCGUUCCUAGUCCUCAUUAUGUACAAUAUCAAAAGCCCUUUCAAAACCCUCAUUAUCAUGCUCAUCAGGCGGCUCUCGUACCUAAUAUUCCACAUAACCUAGUUGUUCAAAAUAGUCCUCAAGUGUGGAUACCACAGCAGCAUCAUUAUCGUUUGCCUCAAGCUCAAAAUGCAGAAUAUAAAAACGUCAGUAUUUCUAGUGCUCAAACAACCCCAUCGAAACAGAAGGAUUCUGAGAAGAAAAAAGUUAGUGGGAUCUCACAAUUAAAAUCGCCUAUCGCUAAAAGGCCUUUAGAAGCCCCUGUCACGAUGCAGGGGUGGUUACAUAAACAGGGAUCUGAAGGACUGAUGUUAUGGAAGAAAAGAUGGUUCGUGCUGUCUGAAUACUGUCUUUUCUAUUAUAAAGGUCCCGAAGAAGAAAAACUCCUAGGGUCAAUUUUACUACCUUCUUAUAAGGUAUCGUUGUGUAAACCGGAAGAAAAAAUUAGCAAAAAAUACGCUUUUAAAUGUGAGCAUCUAAAUAUGCGAACUUAUAUACUGGCAGCUGAUUCGCAGGAACUGAUGAAGCAAUGGGUGCAUAAUUUAAGUCUGGCAGCUACUAUGCAAACCAAUGUCGACGUACACAAACCUUCUAAUUACAAUGCAGUAGCUCAGCAGCAGAAGGCAGUGGAACGUUAUGAACCCAGUUGUCAGCAGCAAUACCAUAAAAGUGUCAUGCGAUUAACACCAAUAAGCCAUACGCAUUCGCCUUCAAGCAGUGUUUUACAGGAUCAAGGUUCCUUUAAUCAACCUUUGUAUGCGAACGCACCUCCCAAACCAAGACGUCUAAAUGAUGGAUUUUCGUCACCCAGCCCUGACAUCUUAGAUCCACAUAAUCCACAUUAUGUAGAUCCAAGAACAUUGGACAAGUCUCCUGUUCCUACGUAUUCCACGGUUAACUACAAAUCCAAAAACCCCAGGGAGUCUUUAAUGAUGUUAGGAAGUGAACUUCAUGGCAACCACGACUUCGAAAGAAGAACCCCAGACACAUACGGCCGAUCAAAAUUGAACAACCCCCACCUCACAGACUACGAAGACGUCUAUGCCGCACAACCAGACAUCUACAAGAGACCUUUGAGCCCCGUAGCCUACAGUCACGUGGUAAAAAGAAAUAACCCCGUACCCAUAAACCCCACUCAUAGAUAUUAUACGCCAGUAGAAGCUAUGGGACCUACAGAUCUAGUUCAAUAUUCAGUUCCCCAAAUGAGGAGGGUUCCGAAUAUAAACACAGCGAGGCCUCAUAGUGCAGACUUUCUAGAAUACGAACUGAACCAUAAGGUGCAAGAUCAAUCGGUAUUACUGAAGCAACGACCCAGGCCUAAGUCUAGUUUAGAAAUCAAUUCAAAUUUGAACGAUAACGAUAAUUACUUUUACUCUAAGGAAAGAUAUGCCGAAAAGAUGAGGAAGUCCGCUCAAUAUUUACAAAAUACUCCUCCAAAGUUCCGUAGUGACCUAGUGUGUAACUCAAACGAACCACCGAUGAGGUGUUCAGCUCAUGAUACCACUUUUCCUUUCAUAGAAAGGCCUCAUGUACAUACCCACGUACCUAAUGUUAAUAAAUUACAUAUAAAUAAUAUACAGAAACCCCAGCCAGUAAGAAGAAAAAGUGUAUUAAGCGAAGGGAAUCCCUUUAAUACGAGUAUGGACAUGGACUCCAGGCUUCUGAUGGAGCGGGAGCCGGUCAGUCCAUAUUACUUGUAUGGCAAUAAUAUUAGGAAUCAAGAUUAUGAUUCGUUUACGAGAUCUGCCAGUGCACGACUAGCUCAAACCCCCACUGAAUUAGAUCGGAUAUCUGUAGAUAAUAGAAGUACUGAUAGAGAAGGAGAGAAGAAGAGAGAGGAAUCUAUGAAGAGGUUAUUAGAAUGGAAGCAGCGCAUGCUUCAAUCGCCAUUAAAUAGAAAAAUACAGGGAAAUGUGGCAUAUAGAGGAAAGACUGGGUUUUAUGAUAAUAAUAAUUAUGAUAAUGGUUAUAAAGUCCGUAGUAGGAAUCCAAAACGUAAUAAUGUAUAUAGAGAUGAGAUGUUGAAUAAAUCUUCUUCACAAUAUAAUAGUUAUUCUUCAGAUGAUGAAGAAAAUGAGAAGCAAAGCGAGGAAAUUAUUCAGUCACAGGCAGGAGAGACCUUGGACACUGAGCGAACUACACCUCCAAUUUCCACCUCUACCACUACGCUUAUUACCUCCACUGACCCUGCAAAGCCCAAAUGCCAUCCUACAUUAUCCCAAACAGAUAACGUCUUUGAAACAUCAUCAGGAUGUAGUUAUAUCCCAGAAAAACCAUCAUUUCAAACCUCCACAAUGAAAUUUGUGGAGAAAACUGACAGUAUCCAAUCAGAGUGUUAUCAGAAUCAAGAUGACUUAUUUGCAACUUCUGAUAUUAAAAAUAACAAUGAAACUGAAGAACAACUACAGGAAGAACUAAACGAAAAAGAAGAUGAAGAAAAAGCACUUGAAGAGAAUUAUAUUCCCAUGUCUCCUAGUAAAAAUUUGUUAAGUCCUAGAACGAGUUACAACAGUGGAUCUGACGUCUUCGUCGACAAAUCUAAAGUUGAUGAAAGUCCCUAUGUCGAGAUGACUCAGAAUGCUUCAGCAUGUUUUUUAGAUUCCAGUUUAAGUACUGAUCAAAGUGAACACCAGCCUUACGAACUAAUAUCAUUCAGUGGUGACAAAAUAGAGCCGCUCUAUAUGGAACUUAAAAGCCCAGGAAAAAAACUGAAACGAGAAGAAUUACCGGAUGUAUUAGUCUCUCCACAGAAAGAUGUGAGUAACAAGUCAGAUAGCUCAGAUGCAGACGAUGAAGCGUCUAAAGAUUUAGAUUCCUUAGAUACUCCUAGCCAGCCUAGGUUUAGUUUGUCGGAUACUUUCAGGCCCGCUUCAUAUUAUUUAGGAACGACUCAAGCCAAUACUGAGUUACAAGACAGCUCCGACAGUGAACUUGUCUCCCCUCCUCCAAUUCCAUCUUCACCGCCAUCUUUGGAAGAUCUUAACAGUGGCGAAUACGUUAAGUUAAAGGUGAAGAAUGAGGAAGCUGCUGAUACGAGCUCUAUCAGCUCAUUUUUGAAGCAUUCUCCGAGUAUAACUUCAGUACCUAAAACUAUAAGUCCAGUCAUAAAGGUUCAAGAGAUGUCUUCUAAAUUUACAGACGGUGAAAGUGAUGUCGAUUCGGUACACAGAGCUACAGUAAUUAACCACAUGAGGCUACAAAGCCAGAGCAGUACAAGGAGCCCAGUGCAUUCUGUAGAGAAUCAACACCUCAGUACAGACUUUAAAGACGAAAUGAGUGUUAGUUCAAAUCAGUUAGAUUUUCACGAUUACGAAAAUCUAAUAAUUUCACGUUGUGACGAAAGUGUUACAGUAAGACAAACAGAUAAACUAAACGAUGACAGCUACAGUUUUUCUAAAUUAGAAUUACCUCAGGUUAGGCAUCAAGCAAGUAGCACUUUUAAUUCAGUAGAAAUGAAUAGUUUUCUACAAAACUCCAAUCGGUCUACUCCUAUAUCCGAAACUAUUUCUUUAUGUACACCAAAUGCAUUCUCUUCAUCCUCUGCUCCCUAUUAUUAUUCCGAUUUAUCUAUAAGUUUCACGGAUUCGCAUUUGCACUUACUAACCCUAAACAAUAAGAGAAACACCAUGACCUGCCAUAAAAGAGAUAUUAGCCAUAUUAAGAAUCCUAUAAAGGGAGAUUUCAGAGAAGCAUCUACAGUUGACACUUUCAAGCUGGCUGCAGAGGCUAGAUCAGUAUCUGUAGACUUUUUAAACCUUACUGAUAAAACAGGACAUAUAGAUGAUAAGAAUAUUUACGAGUCUGAUACUAUACAAAGAAAUAAAUCCGAACAAAACUUUGCUAAAACUCGAAACUUGCUAGCAUCAAGAAAGAGUAAUAAAUUUGUAGCAUCGGAUGCUAUAUCUUACGAAGCAAAAGUAAGAAGGUCUCAUUCUCUAGAGGGAUUACUGGAACAUGUUUUAAAAGAUGGAAUUCUAGCUAGUAAUGUUUCUGAGCAAGCGGAAGAGUCUAAUAAGACUCAGGAAGAUGCGUCAGAAGGUAGUUAUCUGUGGGAAGAAGAUUCCAUAUGGAGGGAAAGGCUUAGGUCUGCAAGCCAGCGUCAUACCAAAUCUAUGGAAGACUUGGAUUGCAUUGAUGAAGUCCAGAAGAAGACCAAAUCACCUAGAGGUAUAACUAGGAGUGUCACGUAUGUUAAUGAGGGAUUCUUAAAGAUGGAUAAACAAAAAGAACUUGAGAAUAUUCAAGUUAAAAACUCUGAUAGUAAAGCUAAACAGGAGGGUAACUUUAUCCUUGACAGAGAGAAGUUAAGACAAUGGGAUUUAAUGUCAAGUGCGCCAUCUGACAAUCAAGCGAUCACGGCUACAAAUGGCCAGGUGCAGGAGGGGAAUAACGUAGUGGUAGAUUCAGACGUUACGUGUGAUUCGGCCGAAAUAACCGACGACCAAAAAACAGCAUCUGGCUCGAUUUCAAUAAACAUGAGAGAUUCGUCUCAACUAGCUCUAAGGGACAGUUUUCUAAGAGCGAUGUCGGCAAAAAAGUCAUGGGCUACUAAUAGUUUGCCAAUGGAGUCCCGAUCUGUCACAAAUUUGUCCAGAAAUAUGGAAAAAGAUCAAUACAGUACUUCUACCCCUAAGACGUACUACUCCCAUCAAACCUCUAGUCAUCCAAAUUUGACUCCAGUUGGAAGACAAGAUAAUUGGCGGGCUAAUGACAGAGUAAGUGUUUCUGCUGGUGAAUUACUUGGUAGAACUCACGAGGAAUUAGUUCUACUACUAAUUCAGUUGCGCAGACAAAAUGCGCAAACUUUACAAGCUAUUGAAAACUAUUAUAAUGAAGUUGAUAGAAUUCAGGCCCAGUUAUGCGUUAUGGAUCAAGCAAGAAGAAUGGAAAAUUUACAGAAACUGGAACAAAUUAGACAGCAUUUAUUAGAGCUUGAAAAGCAGUAUGAAAAAGGAAAACCGUUGGUAAACUUAGUGGAUAAUAUGGUAAAAUUGGGGUCUUUAUAUAGAACUCCUCAAGAAAAAUCGAUGGCCACGCCACAAAUUAGAGAUAGACUUGAAUUCAAUCAGCAAAUCCAAGAAAGGCGGCUCCUUGCAGACCAAAAACGGGAAUGGAAUAGGCUGAACUCUAACCAUCAUCAAUUCCAAGAGAAGGUUCAACAAUUAUACAUAUUAGACAGAUUAAUACAUGAAGAGUCGGGAACACUUCAAAAACUCCAACAGGAUAAGGAAGAUAUAGAACGUGCGCUUGGGGGAUUAAGGCAUCGUCUCAGUAAGGGGUUCAAUGAUCCAAGUGAAAUAGAAAUUGCUCGUAAGCAGCAAGUUAUUCUGGAAAAUGACCUGAGUAGAGUAUAUUUUAUGCUGGCCCAAAAUUCCAAAAAAUUAGAAGAGACUGUCUCGGGUAACGCUAAAUUGGAGCAAGAACUGAUGGUGUUGAAACAAAAGUUACAAAAUUCUAGGCAGGGUUCACCGCAGUAUUCGAAUGCUGGUGACAGUCUCACGUGUACAAUAGGGAGUAAUAUUGGUGUAGAGUCAGAUCUACAGAAAGUAGAGAAAAAAAUCGGAGAACUGCAGAAGCAGCGACAAAAAUUGAGUUUGCAAGUUCGACAAUUGACAAACAGGUCUCCCAAUGCUUCUCAACAAAAACCAACAUCUAGUAGUUUUCAAAACAGUUUAAACAAAAAGAAAAUACCUUCUUUAUGGAGGGAGACAGAUUUAGAUACGAUGUCUAGUAUAGAUCACGGAGAAUGUGAUCAAAUGAUGAAAGUCAGUCCUAUGUACAUUAACACUGACAGUAAAUUAGAGGACUAUGAUUACUAUAGUCAUGUAGAUAGUUCCAAUACAUCAGUCAGCGAAAACAAUUCGGUCAUUCCUCAAGAAAAACAAGAGAUCAAAACUGUAAGGAUAGUUAAAAGAGAAUCCGAAAAGAGACAAAGAGACCGCGAAAAAUUAAUUCCUGGUAAGUGGGACGUAGUGCAAGAAGAUGAUGGCGUGAAUAAUACACAUAAAGGGCUCAUCACCUCGAACAUAGAACAUUUAGACAAGGAACCUAAUAAUAGUACCCAUAACUUAGCAUCUAGCUCGAGUGUAUGUGAUCAAGAACCUGAAAAAUCUUCUGAUAUGCUGCCCGUGUUCAAAAGCGAAGCAGCACGCCAAAUUAUAACUGAGAUGUCUGUGCAACCUCCCCUAAAGCAGCCCAAUCGUAGGGCGGUUCCCAAAGAAAAGCGUAGACAUUAUACAGCUCCCCACAACCACUCAAUUAAAAGUUUGAACCCCCAAGAGGACGUUUUUGAUAAGCUCAAUGUUAAUAAUAGACGAGCUAGAGAUGACUUAGAUAUGGAACGAGCACUGAGGCAGCGGAUAGAUGCUCCAGACGUAGUUCGGUCCACUUUAAUUAAUACGGAAUUAAAAUAUAAUGAGAGGACUAUAGAUGAUCUGUUAGGGAUCCCUAGUAAAAUUAACAUUCCUGAGCGAUACAUUCCAGAGCAACUUCCCCAGUUAUCGGUUGAGGAACAGGAGCAUCGAAUGAAAAAAGUUGAGACUAUCAAGAAAAUGUUGUCUGAUACGACUUUUAUCAGUACAAGUUCUACAAAUUUAACUGGAGAAAAUCGAGAAACGAAGAGUACGCCGUCUAGUAGUAUAGGAAACAAAGCGACAACUCAAAUAAUGGACGAGAAAAAGCAAAGAGAACAUUUACUACAACUAAAUCAAAUUCUAGCUAAACAAGUGAUGGAAAUGAGUAAAAUUGUAGCAGGUAUCAAUAACUCGGAAGAGCAAUCAUAGUGUAGCUAGAUCAUUCAGUUUCAGUGCUUGUGAAAGUAAAAGCAACGGUUUCAAAGUCGAGUGCGGAAAAGAUGAAUGUGGAGGAGGAAGAUUUGUCUCCGUUAACACCUCUGCCUCUCUAUCAGCAACGUGAUAAUUUUUAUAGUUAGGUCUGUUUAAGACAAAGCAAAUAUUACAAUUAGUUAUUUAUUCUGUUCUAAAGUACAAGUUUAAUUAAAAAUAUUGUUAUAUUUUA